AUGGCUGCUAGAGUGUUGCUACAACGGCGCGCCGCGCCGUUGGCAGCGACCGUUCUGAUGGGAGGAUUCGCCCUGGCUCCCCGAACCGUCCACGCUGAAGCUCCUGAGACCAGCCAGGCCAAGAAGCCCAUCUACGAUGAACCGGAGCUUCCCCCGACCAGCGGAACCCUUCCUCCUCCGAUUCCCCGGACCGAGCAGCCCCCUCUGGCCGAGGAACCCUCCAAACCCAGAGGCCCUACGCCCACUGAGCGUCUCGCCGUCCAGAUCGGCAAGGCGCGCCUGGGCCUGUACCAGUACGCCAUAGGUGCCGAGGAUGCUGUCAACCGGACGAUGGAUCGUGCUUUCAACCUUGAGCAGUCUUUUACCAGCACGAUUGCCUCCCUGGCUCCUCCGCGUGAGAGCGGCGAGCAGCUGAUGCCGGGCGCCAUCUAUGUCCUCGUUGCCGCCAUGGCAGGCAGCAUCAUCACCCGCAACCGAAGCAUCCUGCUCCGCGCCACCGCGCCGCUGGCUCUCGGUAUCACCGCCGGCUGGACUGUCCUGCCCAUCACCAUGGGUAACGUAUCCAACCUUGCCUGGAAGUACGAGCAGCGCUUCCCCGUCGUCGCCCAGGGACACCUCAAGCUCCGCGAGAACAUCGAGAACAGCUGGAGGGCGGCCAAGAUUCACAGCCAGAUUGGUGUACGAUAUGUUGAUGAGAAGGUUACGGAUGCUCGUGAGUCCGUUGAAGACUGGGUGAAGAAGGGCAAAUAA